GUUCGUUCACAACUUCACAACUUGGGAUGUCGUAAGCCUCCACUAUUCUAAACUUAUUCGCAUCCCCCCCCACCCUCCUUUCUUUCGUGUUCUCAAUCACGUCCUGUCCCUUCAGCAACAAUGGCCGAACGAUCAAUUGACCGCGCGCCCUCCACCAGCUCUUCCGUCACCGAGGCAGAAGCAUAUGAUGAGAACGAGAAGCAUGGCACGCUAAGCGAAACAGAAGGGGGCUUUGUCAAGCUGAAGUCUCCGGAAGACUUAGAGUUUGGAGAUGGAGAUAAUGAUGAUGAAAGGGCGGAAAUGCUGCCUGCAGAGCACGAGAAGCCAGCCCAACCUACAUCCGAGGCUUCAGUCAGAUCAUCUUUCAUAUGGAUGGUAGUCAACACAUUGGCAACGAUCGGCAUCGUCUUCACGAACAAAGCAAUCUUUUCGGACCCUACCCUAAAACUCGCCCAACUGACCUUCGCGGCCUUCCAUUUCUUCAUAACAUGGCUCACACUAUUUACUCUAUCUCGUCCUCGAUUUGCGAUGUUUACACCAAGACGGGCUGCAAUUAAGGAAAUCAUCCCUCUGGCAGUUGCGAUGUCCUUGAACGUCAUCCUUCCGAAUCUGUCUCUCGCCUUCUCGACCGUCACAUUCUACCAAGUCGCACGAAUUCUACUUACACCAAUGGUAGCCCUCAUGAAUUAUGUGCUAUACAAAUCGACGCUCCCUCGAAAUGCCAUAUACGCUUUAAUCCCGGCUUGUAUCGGUGUUGCCAUGGUCUCUUAUUACGAUUCGCUACCCAGCGCGGAUGCAAGUGUAAAGACUACCAGCAGCUUGGGCGUCAUCUUUGCAUUCUCGGGGAUUUUUGCAAGCUCUCUUUACACAGUCUGGAUUUCCAGCUAUCACAAGAAGCUUCAGAUGAACAGCAUGCAAUUACUCUUCAACCAGGCGCCGCUUGCAUCUUUCAUGCUGCUCUAUGUGAUUCCGUUUGUGGACACUUUCCCAGUAUGGACCGAAGUUCCCAUAAACAGAUGGGUCAUGAUUAUGAUGUCUGGCAUGUUCGCCUGCAUAAUCAAUAUGUCCCAGUUCUUCAUUAUCGCACAAACAGGUCCUGUGUCCAGCACUGUUGUUGGUCAUGUGAAGACCUGUUCCAUUGUGGCUUUAGGUUGGCUCACAUCAGGUCGUGCCGUUGGAGAUAAAUCCGUGAUCGGGGUUUUCGUUGCCGUUGGAGGCAUCAUUUUGUACUCAAUUGUGAUGCUUAAGCACAAAGCCCAGCAAUCGAAGUCGUAAACCAGGUCCCACAAAAAUAUCUUCGACCGUGGCCGCGCCCUCAAGCUGGCCUCGUUUCGUUUCAGAAUCAUCGCACGUGCGCGCUUACCACGCGUCCCUGGGCAUAUCAUUCAUCCAUAAACAUCUCAAGACGAAUGUGCUACAAGCUAGCAUCCCAAAAUAUUACUUGUAUAAAUUUACAGGGGAUCUGCACUGGCGCUCAACUUAUUUCCAGGAAAUGGCGAAUUAAGAAUCUUGGCUUUCUAAGGAGAUAGCAGCGUGAAGAUAGACAGGAAUGACACACGUCCCAUACGUGGAUUUUUAGAAUAGAAUUGCUUUUGCUUGAGAAUCAAGCCUUUUCUGCAACGGGAGAACUCCUUGGAUUGUCUUGAAUUGCUUUUCGAUGGGUCUGAAACAUUGAACAUUACGGCCUUGACUGGACCGGAAAGGGCAUUCUUGGUGUCAAUGCGGGAAUGGAUUCCUGAUAUCAUGUCUUACAACACAAAAGUGUCUUGC